GGCGCUCGCCGGGGGGGCCUAACUAAGGCAUCUUCUGGAGUUUUGUUCAUUUUUUAUGUAUGAGGUUCGUAGUCUGAUAUUAAUAUAUAAAUCAAGAAUCUCUAGAGGUCUAAACAUAAUUCUGAAUUCAAAACAAUCCUCACGCUUCCCUUCUGUCGGCGUUCGCAAUCAGUAUAGAUGAGAAACGCUAUGAACUUCUCUGAUUCCACCAAAAAACCAUCUAAUACAAUAUAAAGUUAAAAGGUUUUCUGCACACCCUCUGCAGACCCCAAGGAGAUUGAAAGUAUUUCUGAUCGAUUCGUUAUAACAGAUUAUCUAUACACUAUCAAUAGUGGCGUAACCAGAAACUGGCUAUAGAUACGGCGGUGGCCGUAUCGCCUGCCAAAACUUUUUGGAGGUAGUGUCUGCCAAAUUCUGCAGUGGGUACGGCGAAAGUACCAAUAGGUACGGCGGCCGCCGUACCUUGUUUACGCCACUAACUAUCAAUUUUAUUACCCGUAGACCACUUUUUUUGUAUUGUCACAGUUGACUGGUAUCUGGCGAUAUCUGCUCCCGGCCCACAGAAAGCGGUUGCUGAGCUGUUUUCGUCUUUGCAUCAGUAAAUAUUUCAGAUGAUGUCUUUGAUUAUUUUCUUAUAUAAAAAAAUAAUUUUCUGCUGUUGUCUCUUGUGAUUCGCUUAUCCAUAGAAUAUCUGACAGCCAUUUUUCCGUAUUUUGCGCACACACACACAGACAACCAUUUUGUAAGAUCCUAGACUAAAGUCAAGGGAAUAAAAAGCAAUUAUAGGAAAAUAAUGUGGUUUCCAGAUUUCUGAAUCUCUAUAAACAAAAUGAGAAGAUAUCUAAUCUAUCAGGGAAGUACUAAUUUAGAUUUUAGCGUAGAGAAAUGUAGCGUUGAUGAAUUAUGCGAAUGAGAACGGUUUAUUGCAGAAUUUAGAGGAUUCUACGCAAUUCUUAACACUUUAAUUAGAAAGCAAUAAAAACACAAGAAGGCAGAAAAAAAGAGAAAAUUUUUCAUUUUGCGAUGUUUUUGUGGAAGAGAAAUGUUGAUUUUCCUGGAAAAACGGAAAAUUUUUGAAGCGGAGUUGUGGGUUGUACAUGCAAACACAUUAUGAUUGCAUUGAUGCCGUUAAUUUGUUUAUCGAUUUCUGAUAGAUAGAUAAAACAAAUCAAUAACCAUGUCAAAACAUAUUCUUGUUUACGGUGGAAAAGGAGCGUUAGGAGACAAAUUGGUGCAAUAUUUCAAAGCAAAAAAUUUUGUAUGUUAUAUACUUAUUUUGGUGAAACUGUCACGUGUCAGAAGAUAUCCUCUGUUUUUUUUAGAAAGUAACUUCGAUCGAUCUCAAAGAAAACGAUUGUGCUGAUGUGAAUAUUAUUCUUAGUGGCAAUGAGACGUUAGAGCAACAAGCCGAAUUUGUUAACGACAAUAUUAGAAAACAAUUGAACAACGAAUCCGUUGAUGCGAUCCUGAAUGUUGCAGGUGGUUGGGCUGGCGGAAAUGCGGAAGCAGAAGAUUUUAUUCAAAAUUCUGCUUUAAUGUGGAAACAAACUAUGUGGUCAUCAUUAAUCGUUGCCUCAUUAGCUAGUAAAUAUUUGAAAGAAGACGGUCUGUUAACAUUACCAGGAGCAGCAGCUGCUUUAGAGCCAACGCCCGGUAUGAUUGGAUAUGGUGCGGCCAAAUCAGCUGUUCAUCAAAUGACAAAAAGUUUAGCAGCACAAAAUAGUGGUUUACCCAACAAUGCAUCAGUUUUGGCUAUUGCGCCUAUAAUUCUUGAUACGCCGAUGAAUCGCAAAUGGAUGCCAAAAGCUGAUAUGUCGACUUGGACUCCACUAGAAUAUGUUGCCGAUCACUAUGAUAUUGCUACACAAAAUAAAAUUGACAUGAAUGAUGGACAUUUUCAAAUGAUCGAUAAUAAAAGUUCAUUAACACCGUAUCGCGGUCGUGAUUGGCGAUAUGUCCAACCAAAAUUAUUAUAUGAACUCGGUAUAAAACAAUUAGUAACUAUUCUAUUACAACAUAAUAAUUCCUUAGCAAAAAUUGAACAUUUAUUAUUAAAUGAACAAGCAAUAUUUUCUACAAGAAUAGGAAAUUUAAUAUUAAAAGAGUUUAUCGAUCAAAUACAUACAAUGAAAUCAUACAAUAAUGAUGAAUUUUUAAAUUAUUUUUCUUCUGGUACAAUAGCACACACAAAUCGUAUACAUUCGGAUUUAAAUGUUCAUGCAUUACACUUCAUACCAAGAAAUUCUCCUCCAAUAUCAUCAAAUUUUGCAUCAUCAAUUGUCUUUAAUUUACCUGAUCAACAUGAACAAUCAUUAUUUAAUAGCAUGCCACCAGGAAAAAAUUUUCGAACACUUUCUUUGGAAAAAAGUGAUGAACAACCAAAAAAGAAACGUACAUCAUUGAAUCAUCAUCAUAUGUGGACUAAAUCAACAUCAAAAGAUCCGUCUAUCUUUGUUACAUGUUUAAAUUUUCAAUAUUGUAUAUUUAUUACAAAUAAUUCAAUAAAACAAUUAAUAUCUCAACAGUUAGUUGAUACAAUUGAUUUAAGAAAUUGUUUAAUAACAGUAAAAAUCUUUAAAAUAUUAUCCGAUUAUUUUCCACGAUUAAAAUGUUUACGUUUAGGUGUGAUAGAUACUGGUUGUGUAUCAUCAUCGGUAUCUAUGUUUGUUCAUAAUGAAUGUGAACACUAUCUGAAAAAACCAACAUUACGUUCAUUUACAUUCGAAGGUUUUGAACAAAAUCAUCAACAACAUACUAUUAUUCAACGUAUAUUUAAUAAAACACUCGAAUUCUGUUCUCAACAAUUACAGUAUCUUGAUUUAUCACGAAGUACUUGUAUACAAGAAUUGACUAGUUUUAUCUAUGUAAAAUCCAGUUUGAGUACAUUAAUAUUAUACGAUAUUUCACCUGUUCUUAUUGAACUUUAUUCAAAUAUUAUAUGUGAAUUGAAAACACUUAGUACACUCGAUUUAUCACGUUCAAAAAUUUCUGUAAACAGUCCAACAGAUAAUUAUAAAAAUUCAACCUUAUUUCUAGCCAAACUUGUUUAUUCAUUAGAACAAUUGAAAUCAUUAGAUAUUUCUGGAACAAAUUUAGGUGGUGAACAUACAAUUCGAUCAAAUGAGGAUGAAAGAGAAUAUUUAUGUGAAAAAUUAAAUAUCACGUGUGAUAAACGAAAUGUCGAAUCAAGUAUCCCAGGUUUAUUAUUAUUAAAAGCACCGCUUGAAUUUCUCGGCGUUCUUGAUUGCGAUCAAAAUGUAGCGAUGCGACCAAACUUACCAGCAAAAAAAAUUGCUGGAGAAUAUAGUGAAAAUCAGCUAUUGACAGCGAUUCAACGAUAUAUAAAUCGAUCGGAAAUGAUUACACAUGUUGUAACACAUUUAUUUCGAUUUUAUAAAGAUACGUCAUUGGAAAAUUUUAAAUAUGGUGGAGAGCUGUUGAUGGAAUGCAUGGAUAAACACAUUUACAAUUUACAUAUUCAAAUUAGUGGAAGUGCUUCCUUAUUCUACAUAAUUAAAGCUCAUCAUCAAAAAGAUGAAUCAUCUGAAUUAGAAUAUUUUUAUGUAAGACAAAUUGUCACUGUUAUACUCAACGCAAUGACAAUACAUUCAAAAGAUAAUGGAAUGAUGCGUAAUGGUUUACUUUCACUCAUUCAUUUGCAAUUACCAGAUGAUAUUAUGUUUGCCUGUGAAAAAGCAUUUAAGGUGUUAUUGGAAUUACUUAAAUUGCAUAUAAAUAUGAAUAUUAGUUAUGAAUCAUUUGUAUUAAGAACGGCCAUGUAUUUAUUAAAUUGUAUGGCAUGCACCGCUGAUGGUGAAGAAAAGCUAGCUGUUGGAAAUUUUGGCGCAAUUGAAGUUAUGAUGAAUCUCAUUCAAAAACGUAUUCACACGGAAGAUGCCGACGAAAUUCUUGAAGUAGCAUGGGCAUUUUUAUGGAAUAUUACCGAUGAGACGGCUGAAAACUGUGUGCGAUUUGUCACUCAGAACUCUGGUUUACAAGCGUUUCAAGAUUGUUUAACCUUGUUCGAAUCAAAAGAAGCAAUUUUACGAAAUAUGAUGGGCUUGAUGGGAAAUCUUGCUGAAGUACCAACGUUACGAUCUCACCUUGUGAAAAAUGAAAUAUUACAACAUCUACAACGUUUGGUUCAAAAGCCAGAAUGUUCAAUUGAAAUUGCGUAUAACGCAGCGGGAGUUUUAGCUCAUAUAUUCUCUGAUGGACCUUCUUCUUGGACUGCGGAUCAAGUUGAUAGAACUACAUUAUGUGAUGAAUUAUUUGAAAUUAUUCAACACUGGGAUGUUAACUUGGAAAGAAAUAUCAAUUAUAGAUCAUUUUCUCCCAUACUACGUCUUGUAAAACAAUUUGACGAACCGUCCGCUCAGAUUUGGGGUUGUUGGGGUUUGGCUAAUCUAACCUCUGUAUUUGCUACAAAAUAUUGUCCAUUGUUACAUGCAGAACAUGGCGAUGUAUUAUUGAACGAUAUUGUCAGACACAAUUCAGUUCAUCCAAAAGUCAAACAUCUUGCAUCCCUAGCGCUUGAAAAUGUCUGCAAUUAUCUUAAAACUCCGCCAUCAGAUCUCGCAAUGAUGGAUGUUGAACAAUAA